AUGAGCGCGACGCCAUCCGCUCCGAGCAAGGCGCCAUCGGCACCAGCGGCAGCGAGCCACUCGCCAUCGGCUCCUGCGACUUCCAAUACAAGCUUCGACACUAAUCGGCGUCCGUCGCAGAGUCCGCUGCACCCUCAGGCUGCCCCGAGGAAAGGUCAGGGCUCGAAAAAGCAACACCGGAACCAGCGGCGAGCUGGAACGCCGGGAGACAUGAGGCACCUUGACGACGAGGACGCAUUGGCCGAGAUGCGUGCUCUGCGGAAUGCGUCGAGCCGGCGUGGCCAGACUUCCAUCACGCACUUGAUGAGUUACGCCUUGCCCCCACGCCCUCACGAUAGUCACCACACAUCCUACUCCCGCUCCUACCGACGCAACCCUUCCUGGGGCGUAGGCUCAGGUUACCAUGCCGCCGACAAGGCUCGCUACAUCCAUGCGAACUACCGCUUCGUCGUCGCCCCCAACGGCAAUUACACGGCCCAAGCCGCCGACGCCGACCAGCAUCUUGACUGGGGCGAUGUCCUGCAGGUCAUCGCCUCGGCCGAGUCGCAGCAGGCGUCCUGCCCCAUCUGCCUCUCCGACCCGAUCUCGCCACGCAUGGCUAAGUGCGGGCACAUAUUUUGCCUGCCCUGCCUGAUGCGCUUCAUGAACACCAGCAAUAGUGAGGAGCCGGGCAAGAAGCAGAGUCGGUGGAGGAAGUGCCCGAUUUGCGAGGACGCCAUCUACUUGUCUGAUGUGCGGCCUGUGAGGUUCUAUGCCGGCCAGGAGUGCCCGCUGCCCCGCAAGGGGGACGACGUCAUUCUUCGUCUCAUGAUGCGGAGUGGCCGAAGCACGCUGGCGUUGCCAAAGGAAGGCGCCGCCGACGUGUUACAGUCGGGCAAGGAUAUUCCAUGGCAUUUUGCGGCCAAUGUCCUGGACUAUGCCAGGAUCAUGCGAGGCACCAGCGACUACAUGGUAGAGCAGUUUGACCGCGAGAUCGAAGACCUACUGAGACAGGAGAAGGAGGACGAGCUCCUCUAUCACGAGGACAACGAGUGGACACAGAAGGCGAUCAGGGUCAUCAGGACGGCCAAGGAGAAGCUGGCCGAGUCUGGCGAGACGGAACCGGUACCUGCCCUUACCACCGCGACCCCGGGACCGAGCCAGACGAAGCAAGUCGAGCAAGACUUCUACUUCUACACCUCCCCGCCCCAUCUGUACCUCUCACCGCUGGAUAUCCGGAUUCUCAAGACCAAGUACGGUUCGUUUUCGGCCUUCCCUUCCACCCUCCUGCCGAGGGUGGAACACAUCACGACCGGCCAUGUGGUUGACGAGGCCUUGCGGAAACGGGCCAAAUAUCUCGGCCAUCUACCUCGAGGUUGCCUGAUCAGCUUCCUGGAGUGCGAUUGGACGGAUAUCGUCCCCCCGGAGAUCUUGGCCACCUUCUCGGACGAGAUUGAGCGCCGUCGCAGGCGCAACCGGGAGAAGGCAACGCAGGAGGAGCGCGAGAGGUUGCAGGCGGAACGACUCGAGGCAGCCGCGAUUCGCGACGCGAGGAGGAAUCUCGACGGCGGCGCCACUGACGAAGGGGUGACGGUGCGGUUUGGCAGUUCCUCUGGCGUAGGCGUCAAUGAGCCACCGGUAGAUAUGAACGAUUUCCUUCCGCUUGGCGCCGGCGGCACGACGCCGCCAAACCCUAGACCGGGUUUCUCGUCGCUCGCGAAUAUGAGCACCAGUCCGACGGGCCGGAGGACUGUUUGGGGAACACCCUUAAUUGCAGGUCCGCGCGAGGAGAUUUUCGCAACACCCCGCCAUCAGGUCGAUGAUGGGUGGUUGAAGGAUACUGAUGUUCUCGAGACGCUGGGUGCUGCGGACAUUGCUGCGCAGCUUGAGGCGUUGGGCGUCGAAUCCGACGGUGCUCCGAGCAGCGCAGCCGCCGGGGCUGGUGUUGGAGCGUCUGGAGGAGGAGGAAACGGCGGCAAGAAGAAAAAGAAGCAGAAGAUCACGCUGAUGAGUACAGGUGGUCGAAGGGGUCUUUAG